AGAUGCGAGAAUGGCUGAUUCGCGGGAAGAGGUGCUGCUAAACCCUAGCAAUGGCGGAAUCGACGGCGAGAAGACGAAAACGAAGGUGGUGGUGGUAAUGGGUCCCACAGGAUCUGGAAAAUCGAAGCUGGCUGUCGAUUUGGCGUCUCAUUUUCCGAUCGAGAUCAUCAACGCCGAUGCCAUGCAGGUCUACAGCGGACUCGAUGUGCUUACCAAUAAGGUUCCCCUCGACGAGCAGAAAGGAGUGCCUCAUCAUCUUCUCGGGACAGUGAGCCCAGAUACAGAGUUCACUGCUAAGGAUUUCCGAGAUUCCACCAUUCCUCUCAUUGAAGAGAUACAGUCUCGCAACAACCUGCCAGUGCUUGUCGGAGGAACAAAUUACUAUAUUCAGGCUGUUGUGAGUAGAUUUCUUCUAGACGAUUCGGUAGAAGAUACAGAUGAAAGAUGCUCGAAUGAUGCUCCAGAGCAUGAUGACCGCAUGGAUAUUGAGUCUUUCUCUGGAAGAGAUGAUCUCAGCCAUGGCUAUGACCUUCUUAAAGAGCUUGAUCCUGCGGCGGCAAACAGAAUUCAUCCUAAUAACGCCAGAAAAAUUCAACAAUACCUUAGCUUGUAUGCUCGUCAGUGUGUUCUUCCGAGUAAAUUAUUUCAGGGAAAGACUGCAGAGAACUGGGGCCGAGUUGAUAAUUCGCAGCUCGACUGCUGUUUUAUAUGUAUCGAUGUUGCCUUCCCAGUGCUGGAUAGAUACGUUGAACAAAGGGUAGAUUGCAUGGUAGAAUCUGGACUUCUCGAUGAAGUAUAUGACAUUUACAAACCGGGGGCUGACUAUACUCGAGGUCUAAGGCAAGCAAUAGGGGUCAGAGAAUUUGAAGAUUUCCUUAAAAUUUAUCUUUCAGACACAAGUUCUGAUGGAAAAAAGAGUUCCCCGGAGGAAUCGGUUUCACGGGUCAAUGGAAGCAAGGAUGAUAAUGUUAGGAAGGAGAACCUGAGAGAUAUUCUGAAUUUUCCAAAAGAGAAUAAAUUGAGGGUUCUAUUAGAGGAAGCAAUUGAUCGGAUCAAGUUAAACACCAGAAGGCUCCUUCGCCGUCAAAAGAGGAGGGUUGGUCGGCUGGAAACACUUUUCGGGUGGAAAAUAUAUUACAUAGAUGCAACGGAAAGCAUAUCAAGCAAAUCCGAAGAAUCGUGGGCUGCUCAAGUGGUAAGACCCGCUUCGGAAAUCAUCCGGUCUUUCCUGAAUGGAGAAGCUACGUCCGUUUCCGAUGCAGAGAAUCACAAAGGAAAAUCAGUCGAAAGAGACCUAUGGACUCAAUAUGUCUGCGAGGCUUGUGGGCACAAAGUACUUAGAGGAUCACACGAGUGGGAGGAACACAGAAGAGGGAGGGCACAUCGUAAGAGAAGCUCUACACUCAAAAAGGCUCGGGCUUUGAUCACAAAAGAGAAGCAAGAAGAAAUGCACAAACUUAUAUGAUAAAUCCAAAGCCAUGAAGACAUCGAUGAUGGAGUGAAGUUGGUUUAACCAGACGUGCACUCUACACUUUAUUCUAUAGAUGCAGUGACGCACGAGGGGGGGAGUCUUUGCCUUGCCCAUCGUGUCGGCUAAUUGUCCCCACAAAGCUGCGUUUCCCCUCUCUCCAUUUGACCACUUUCCUUUCUCUGUACCAUUUAUAUUUAUUUAUUUAUUAUAAUUUUAAU